AUGGCGCUAUCCUCGACGCACAUCAUCCUUGUCUGUGUGGUCGGCAUCAUUUUGCUGGCAAGACCUGCUCACGCUUUUGGUGCGGGCAAUAUCGGAUCAACUUCGAAAAUUGAGGGGCAGAAUUGGCGACAUGGUGAUCUCGAAGACACCUUGCUGACCAUCGUGGCCUCGCGUGCCAUGGGCGGCAAGAAGUUCGGCAAGCUUGAUGUCAAGAGAGUGUACUUUGGUAAUUGGUUGCGCGAUUACAGCCAGGCGGUCGACGUAGGUACUGUCAAGUAUGUCAGCGCCGAAGCGAUCCGCAUCGUCCUUUGGGUCCUGGGAUUCAUGUCCUUCGGAUAUGGCUCAGGCGAGUUCGAAGUCACCAGCCAGAGACUCGGGUGCUAUCGACCUGAGGAACAUAUCGACAACCCCAAGGACUAUGCGGACAACCAGGAUGCCAGGCAGUAUGAUCGCCGACUCCGCGGCCCUGUUGAUGAACGCCGAGAGCUCUCCAUAAACCCACAAACUGGCUUGAAGAACUACAUUGCUUCCGAGGGCAUGGGCAUUGACACGUCUGCUGGUCUGGUCAGAAAACUUUUCGGGAGGAGCAUUGAGCUGGGUCGACAAUACGCACGCAACAAGAACAAGAAUGACCUCUACGAAGCGCUCCGGCUGCUCGGAACGGGAUGCCACUGCCUGGAAGACUAUGCUGCUCACUCAAAUUACGUUGAACUUGCUCUCAUCGAGAUGGGUGAACGUGAUGUCUUUCCUCAUGUCGGCCGCCGCACCGCCGUUCAGCUUCGAGAAGUACGUCACCCGGUAUAUCCAAUCGUCACCGGCACAUUCGGCGGCGUCGAUUUCCUCCACUCCGUCUGCGGUGAAUUCGACGACAAGACCACCCAGUCUGAAAUCCAGGAAUUGGACGAUACCUUGCAACAGUACCAAAGUGGGAACCAAGACAAUAGCAUUCUGCAAGAUCUCCUCAAUAAGCUGCCUUCCGGAGUAUUCGGUGGAAAGGACCAAGCGGGCAAAGCCAAUGAACUGAAACAAAAUGCUCUGAACCAACAAAUGCAAAACUCCAGAAUUACUCCACGUCAACCAGAACAAUGGGCUCGUUACCUCGCAGACGUGCAGAAGCAAAUUUACCCAAUUAUCGAAUGGCACGAUGAUAUCAUGAAGUCCAUCACCGAAACGAUUGAGAAGAUCCCAAUCCUGCCUGACUUGAUCGAUCAAAUUCAGGAGGAAAUCAAUAAAUUUGUGUUCAGCCUGCUGGCUCCUUUCGUCGUACCCAUCAUCAACCAAGUCAAGAACGAACUCAACACGGGCUCCAACGAGAUCAUCCAGUCCAGUGUCGCUCAGCAGCACAUUGUCUUUAACGACGACAAUUCCUCGGACCCGACCCACUCUAUGCUUUCAAAGGAUCACUUCUCCAACAUUCUCAACGAACCCGCGGGGAAGGUAGCUCAUCAAACCGUGAAGUGGGUGGUCCCACAGAUCGUUGCGUGCUGGGACGAUGAACGAAUCGACAUCGAACGAACCCUGAAUCGCAUCAUAUCCGGCGUUCUACACCACCCCGCCUUGCGGGACUACGGGCAGGAUGGCGCUAGUGACGGCCGUCGACUCAUGUUUGGCGUUGUUGAGGAAUGGUGGCGCGGGAAGUCUUCCUCUGAAAAGGAUGGGCUACGCGAACAACUCAAUCGUCGUGGCGUCGAGACGGGUCGAAACCAUAAGCCCGGGGUUAAGGACCACGGACAUGGAAACAAUCGGCCUCUUGGCAUGGCAAAUCUCAACUUCAACUCAAAUCAAUCCGGCGUUGCAGGCGGUGCUCUUGGGGCCAUUAGUUCUGCCUUGGGUGGAGGUGGGGGUCAGAGCGGCGGCCGACCACCCAAUGUCUCUAGACAAAGCGACCAGCUCGGAAAAAUGGCAGGCGCAGCAGUCGGCGGUGGCGUCCUAGGUUCCCUGGUUGGCGGUCUUACGAGUCAAAUCAGUGGACAGAUCGGUGGCGAUAUCCUCGGCGGCGGACUCAGCCAGGGUCAAGAGACGUAUAAGCGCGAUUCCUACAGCCGUCAGGAUGGGUCCCACACAGAGACUGUGACGCAGUUUGGUCAGUCAUCCUCAGGCGAUAGGUAUGGCCAAGCCCAAUACUCGAGAACCACUGAGCCUAGCGGCCAGAGACGUCAUGAGGAGUAUAAUCGUUUUGAGCAGCGCGAGACCGCGAGCGGCGGAUGGCAGAGCGAGGUGCACCAUCAGGAGCGGACAAGCGAGGGUAGGUAUCACGAGGAGACAAGACGCUAUGGCGACAAGCGCGACAAGGAUGACGACAGUGACAGCUCCAAAGAUGAACGUCGUGACAAGCAUCGUCGUGAAAAACACCACGGACAUAAAAGUGAUGACAGUGAUGACGAUCGCCGCAAACAACGUCGUGAUCGAGACGACAAGCCUUACUCUACGGAUGCUUACGGCAGCAGCGGCAGCGGCAGACGCCAACAGUACGAGACAGAGAGCUCCGGUUACGGAGGUGGUCGCAGCUCUGAAGGCUAUGGACGCCACGAAGAGCGCCAAUAUGGCGGGCGCAACGAUGACAAUAACCAGUAUGGCUCCGGCUACGGCCGCCAGGAGCAGCGCCGCGACGAGUACUCCUCCGGAGGGGGUGGAGGUGGAUAUGGUGGUCGGCACCAAGAAGAAUCGACGACGUAUGGUGGUUCCAGCGGUUAUGGUCGUAGGGAGGAAGAAUCACGAUACGAGUCUAGCGGCUACGGAGGGGGGCGUCGCCAGGAAGAGUCGACCUAUGGUUCCGGCUAUGGUGGAGGCGGCGGCGGUGGCGGAUACGCUCGUCGUCAACAAGAACAGCAGCAGUCCUCCUACGGAGACAUGCCUGGCGGCUUUGGCGAUAGCCGACAAGACCAGUAUUCAUCCUCGAGCCGUCGCGACGAUGGGUACGGCGGGGGUGGCGGCAGCGGAUACGGAGGCGGUGGUGGUGGCGGCGGCUUCGGACGACGAGAUGAAUACGGCCAGAGCGAAGGCUACGGCGGCCACGAAGGUCGACGUCGACAUGGUGGUGAUGAUUAUGAUGAUGACGAUAACAGACGCCAGAACCAGGGAUAUGGAGGUGGUGGUGGCUAUGGCGGCGGGUAUGGGAGCUCGCGAUAUUGA